AUGUACCAAAGAACGGCCAAAGCCGCUCUGCGUGGGCUCAACGGUCCUGUCUCGUCGGUAGGCAACUCGUGCAUCAAGCAAUUCAGCACAACAUCGAGGCAAAACCUCAGGGCUCUGCCUACACAGACCGAGAACGCCAAGCUCAACGAGAUUCUGAAUGUCAUCCAGGACAAGAUUAUUCUUCCCGCCUAUCUUCCCCAGAAACAGCGACGUAUCGUCUUCAACCCGAAGAAAAAGGGGUACCUCUCCCAGAACCCCAUCGACAUCGAAGUCGAAGGCCAUGAGCACCGCUUCCAGACUCUCAACUGCCACAAAGAUAUACCCGAUGCUCGGAAGAAGCUGUAUGAUGCGAUCGACACGAUGGAGUCCAAGGAGGACUGGGCCAACGUUGGGACGAUUCUGUGGGGAUACCGAAAAGCUGGUGUGAGGCUGAACCAGAGGGCAUACGACAAAAUCAUUCGCUUGGCUUGCGAUUCUGGCAAUGUUGGUAUGGUCAUUGGGUGCCUCAAACAGGCGCAUCUGACGGGCAUGUGGAUCACCGAGCGCGAGCAAGUCAUCCGCAUCGUCAACGCCAUCAACGCCAGGUGGGACGGGUCGCUGGAGCAGGCCAAGCAGUCCAGCAGCUGGGUCCGCACGCUCGUGGACAUUAUCCAAAGGCCAGAAAAUGCCGAACAAGUCAGCAAGGCCAUCGAGAAGCGCCAACUGGCCGAUUCAGGGUUGGGCAUGAGCCCCCAUUUCUCAGUCCUUGGCCGCACCGCCAUGCUCCAGACCCGGGCGGUGACGAUCCAGGCCAAGACCCAGGCGGAGGAAUCCGUGGAAGACGACCUGGUUGCCCUCAAGGACGAUCUUGCUACCGUGCAGACGCUUUGGGCACCUCAGUUGAAGGAGGGCAAGGCGCUGGCUGAGAACGCCGAGUUGGCACAGGCGAGGCCUCAGAGACAAGCAUCCUUCUCACUGAACGGGUCAGAGUAUGUCAAGUCUCUGGCUUGGUCGAUAAGGGGCAUCCGGACAUCUCAACAGGUCGCCGAAGAGGCGGCGGCGCCGUUGCUGCCAUUGGUGGACAGCCUGGAGCAAUAUGCUAGGGAGUUCAUCGAGAGCGAGGCGGGCAACGAGGCUCGCGCGGAGCAAUGGACAAAGUGCUUUGAGGAGGCGUUGGAUCUGAAGUCAUCCUCAUGA